CUCACUUGACCCCGGGCUGCGCCGCAGACGGCAGCAGCUCCCGCUCUGCCCGAGCCGCCUGACCGCCGGGCCGGGGUGCUAACCACGGGUCCCUCCAGUCCGCCGGCCCGGCCAGCCCAGCCCAGCCCGCCGGCCCGCAGCCCCGCCGCCCGCCGCCCCCCGCCGUCGCCGCGUUGCCAAAACAAACGGGCCGGCCUAUUUAUUGGCGGCCGGCGAGCCGGGCAGCUCAGAGUCGAGGCGCCGAGGGGGACAGCACGCCGCCACCAGCCAGGGCCCCGGGCCCCCGCCCCGCACCUGAGUCCCGCCGGCCUUGAGCCGCGUCGCGCUGCCCAUGGCGCCCCCGCCUGGAGUCCCCAAGAGCCACCCAGACGCCUGAGUCCCCGAAGCUGUCCCAGCCACGCGCCCACCCAUCAGCCCACCAGGCGCCCUCGCCUGCUGCUCUCUCGGGCUACCCGGCCAUGUCUCCCGCCUGGCUCCGGCCCCGACUGCGGUUCUGUCUGCUCCUGCUGCUGCUGCUUCUGGUGCCAGCGGCGCGGGGCUGCGGGCCGGGCCGGGUGGUGGGCAGCCGCCGGAGGCCGCCUCGCAAACUCGUGCCUCUUGCCUACAAGCAGUUCAGCCCCAACGUGCCAGAGAAGACCCUGGGCGCCAGCGGGCGCUACGAAGGCAAGAUCGCACGCAGCUCUGAGCGCUUCAAGGAGCUCACCCCCAACUACAAUCCCGACAUCAUCUUCAAGGACGAGGAGAACACGGGUGCCGACCGCCUCAUGACCCAGCGCUGCAAGGACCGUCUGAACUCACUGGCCAUCUCUGUCAUGAACCAGUGGCCGGGUGUGAAGCUGCGGGUGACCGAAGGCUGGGAUGAAGAUGGUCAUCACUCAGAGGAGUCUUUACACUAUGAGGGCCGCGCGGUGGAUAUCACCACCUCAGAUCGCGACCGAAAUAAGUACGGACUGCUGGCGCGCUUAGCAGUGGAGGCCGGCUUCGACUGGGUGUAUUACGAGUCCAAGGCCCACGUGCAUUGCUCUGUCAAGUCUGAGCAUUCUGCUGCUGCCAAGACAGGCGGCUGCUUUCCUGCCGGAGCCCGGGUCCGCUUAGAGAAUGGGGAGCGUGUGGCCCUGUCAGCUGUGAAGCCAGGAGACCGGGUGCUGGCCAUGGGGGAGGAUGGGAACCCCACCUUCAGUGAUGUGCUCAUUUUCCUGGAUCGUGAGCCAAACAGGCUGAGAGCUUUCCAGGUCAUCGAGACUCAGGAUCCUCCCCGUCGGCUGGCACUCACGCCCGCCCAUCUGCUCUUCACUGCAGACAAUCAUACAGAACCAGCGGCCCACUUCCGGGCCACAUUUGCCAGCCAUGUGCAGCCAGGCCAAUAUGUGCUAGUAGCAGGGGUACCAGGCCUCCAGCCUGCUCGGGUGGCAGCUGUCUCCACCCACAUGGCCCUUGGGUCCUAUGCACCUCUCACAAGGCAUGGGACACUUGUGGUGGAGGACGUGGUAGCCUCCUGCUUUGCAGCUGUGGCCGACCACCAUCUGGCUCAGUUGGCCUUCUGGCCCCUGCGACUGUUUCCCAGCUUGGCAUGGGGCAGCUGGACCCCAAGUGAGGGUGUUCACUGGUACCCUCAGCUGCUCUACCGCCUGGGGCGUCUCUUGCUAGAAGAGAGCACCUUUCAUCCACUGGGCAUGUCUGGGGCAGGAAGCUGAAGGGAUUCUAACUACUGCCCUCCUGGAACUGCUAUGCUGGAUCCAAUGGCCUCCUCACCAGGAAGGUUCUGGCCCUAGAAGGUACCUGGCCUGAGGAUGUCUCCGUUCUCUGCUUCGAAGUGGAGACACCAUUGAGACUUGACCAGGUAGUGCUGGGCCCCAAACCUUCAUCUUGGUGUAGAGCUGUGAACUGAGCUGACAAGGGGGUGCUAGGCUCUCUUUUCCUAGAGACCUUAAGACCCAGCUAGCCCUGACUGUGAUUCUUCACACCUCCACCUCCCUGCACGGGAAGGUCCCAUUCCAUCUGUCUUUGGACUGCUUAUUCCAGUGUUUCUCGGGGCCUGGGUUUGUGACUUUACUGUUGGCAAUUGGUCACAGUAUGAAGAGAGGCUGCCCGUAGGUGGGCUUGCACCUCAGUUGAUGCUGCUAGAUUCCCUAGGAGCCAGCAGGGAGCUGGCUGGACUCACUGCCUCCCAGAACUGAAAGGCCACUGCCAGCCUGGAUACCCUGAAACAUGACCUCCCUGCAGGCUACACUCCGCCAGACUCCUGAGUCUUUGCUGACAAUGGGCAGAGUCUCUGAUCCAGGCAAUGUGACCCUACUACCUGGGACUGGGGAAGGAGCCUGGAUGUCCUUGCCACCCUUGCCCAGGCUAAGCUCCUUCUUCUGCUGAACCACACCCCAACCCCUCCUCCAGUCUGUCUCCUUCACCUUAUUUAUUGGCAUGGAGGGGGAAACCCAUGGGAGAAUUUUGGAAAUGUUUUGGUCUUUCUUUUGUAAUAAAAAUUAUUUAAGUUGUUA